UCGAAGUGUCCCGUCUGCUGGGAUUAAGCAGCUACCGCCUUGGGAGAACGGUGAGGCUGAGCAGGCCUCCGCCUCGUCUUCUCACGACCCAGGACAAAAACCACAAACAGAAGACGGGGAAAAUGUCCACUCGCUUCCACCGAGCAGCUGCGGACGGCAACCUGGAAUUACUCAAAGAAGCCACCCGAAAGGACCUCAACACCGCCGAUGCGGAUGGCAUGACCCCCACUCUGCUGGUGGCAUACCACGGCAACGUCGAAGCUCUGGAAAUUGUCUGCAGGCGGGGAGGCGACCCCAACGUGUGCGACAUUUGGGGAAACACACCGCUGCACCACGCGGCCUCGAACGGCCACACCCCCUGCGUCUCCUUCCUGAUCAAUUUCGGCGCCAACAUUUUCGCCCUCGACAACGACAUGCGCUCGCCCCUCGAUGCGGCGGCCAGUCGGAGCCAGUAUCCAUGCGUCCAGAUCCUUGACAAGGCAGCCACCGAGCAGAACGUCAAAAAUCCCAAGCGGGUCGCCCGCCUGAAGGCGCAGGCCCAACGCGAGGUACAACGACAAAUCCGCCUGUGUGAAAAACGCCAGGACAAGCACCAGCUUGAGAUGUCCAAGCAGUUCCACAAAGGAUCCAUCCCGUUGAGUCACAGCUCCGCCACCAGGACAAAAGUGUCUCAGUUCUUCGCCACCGGCUCGCUCAGUGACGUCCCCAAACAGUUGAAGGACACCUUCAAACUGAAGUCCAGGAAGAAAGAGGAGAACAGCACAGCCGGGAGCCGUGGAGCAGAGGAGGACGGCUUCACUGGAGAAAUCACCGCGAUGGAUUCGUCCUCUGAGAAAGAGGUAGAAGAUCUGAUGUGUGGCUUUCAAAAGAAGAUCAGCUUUUCUGAAGAAGCAGAAGACUUGGGACAGAGGUCUAUUUUCAAUCGUCCAGGUCUUGGCAACCUGGUCUUUAGAAGCCAGAAGACGGAGACCUUGCUCCCUGAGAAAGAAGACAGGGCCUUUCAAAUUCCAGAGCUCUUUCAACUGAAGGAGGCACUUGGUGGUUCAGACAAUGAGGAUGACCCUGAUGUCUCCUGGAUGGAAGAAGCAGUUGGGUGGGAUGAGGACAAAGAAGAGGCUCCUCCCCUUGAAGUGUUCCUGGUUGCCCAUCAUCUCCAUGAAUUUCUCCCCAUCCUAAUGAGGGAAAACAUUGAUUUGGAAAGUCUGAUGCUUUGUUCCGAUGAAGAUCUGCAGAGCAUCCAGAUGCAGCUGGGGCCUCGCAAGAAAGUUCUCCAUGCCAUCAGCAAAAGGAAGCUAGCUUUGGAAAAGCCGGGCUUGAUCAGCGAUACCCAAUUAUAAACCAAGGAUGUUUUUUUCCGGUCAAUGGUUUGGUGCACACUCCACAAACAGUUUUUUUUUUCCCCCCUGAAGGUUGAGGAGGAUGAGAUGGGACCUAAGAUGACAUCUAUGCAAUCCCCACAACCCCUCAACUUCAACACUGCUAAGUAGCCAUUGAUUCAGAAGAUCAGGAUGAAGAAACAUUUGAGUUUAAACCCGGGGUGCUAUUCAGCAGUGGGGUGGGAAUGGGGAUUCAGCAGGUUCUGGAGAACCGGUAGCGGAAAUUUUGAGUAGCUCGGAGAACCAGCAAAUACCACCUCUGGCUGGCCCCAGAGUGGGGUGGGAAUGGAGAUUUUGCAAUAUCCUUCCCCCAGGAGUGUGGAGGGAAUGGGGAUUUUGCAGUAUCCUUCCCAUGCCACGCCCACCAAGCCACGCCCGCAGAACCGAUAGUAAAAAAAUUUUGAAUUCCACCACUAGUUUAAACUCUGUAGGAGGAGGAGUGGUAGAACGUGGGGGGCGGAGUUAAAAGAGGGAUCAGCCUUGAAUCCCUAUGUCGCCACAAGUGAAUUAAGCACAACCUCUCUUGAUGUUUUUGUUGAACAAAAAAAAAUGAAUGUUUGAGAAAUGUAAUUUUCUGAAAUGUUAAUUUUAUUUUUGUUACAAACAACACAGUAUAGAAAAUACAUCAAUAUUGAUUGACCCCAACAUUUUUUCUACUUUUUUUUUUUUU